AUGGCUACUAGUAACACAAUAACCCCAAGUCCCUUGAAGCCUCGCACUAUCCUUCUUUCGCAGAUGUCAGAGUAUAGUACCGACAGUGACAAGCUCGCUGUUCCAUCGUCCUGCAUAUAUUCUUCCAGUGUCCAACAGUUCGACAUCGAGACAACGUUCCCAGCGAUCCUCAAUCCUAUCAAACUUCUCCACGAAGCCGCUGAUAAACAAGACCUCGAAUCAAUCCGUGGCUUGGCACCAAUCUUUUGUCAAUGUUUGGCUACGAUUUUAUGCUCCAUGGAACAGCUCCCCAUGGACGUUCGGCGCGCUUCAGCCUACGGGCACGCCGAACACGGAGUGCGAUUCUCCGAGAAGGCCUUCAUCAGCCACGCCCGCCCACUUGUUGACCCGGACUUCGAACCGCCUAACAGGAGACAAUUUAUCUGGAGGACCCUAGAGCUAAUGGAUAUGAUCAUGUCUAGCUUGAAAAGGUUUAUGCAAUGUGUCGAGCGCUUGUUGCGUCAAAUGAAGCCCCUUCCUGACACCCCCGAAGAAUGUGAAUUGGAGGUAGAAACGGAAGAAGAAGAUGACGACCAGUGCAACGAAGCCGGCCAAAUUUCUUUGCCGUCACAGGACCUUCCUCAGUCUAGUGAAGGAUCGUCGACGGAAAAGACAUGUGUUGAAGAGGUGAAUGAACUGGGUUCGCUUGUCGAGCCACCGGCGGUCAAACCCCCGAAACGCGGACUGUCUGGCAUCUUUGGGCUUUCACUUAACUUGCGCCGCAAGAUUUCGAGGCGAUUUUCGAAGACGGACAAACCGGCACCUGUCGAGAAACUCACGACUCGCGCAAGUCAUGCUCGUGCGACGGCGAAUAUCAGGAACUCUAUUGCCCUCUUUCCAGAGCUGUUUGAUGGGACGCUGGAAAAUUCCCUUCCUCACCCAGAUGAUAGUACCGAACUAUUUCUGGACAGGAACGGAGUUCUCCAGCUUGCUUCAUUAAGGGGCCUUAUCAGGUACCUUACAUCGGCAGUCUCUGAUGACGACCUAGAGCUCGCAGAUGUCUUCUUCCUCUGCUUCCGCUACUUCUCGACUCCAGCACUCGUUCUCGAGGCUUUUAUAGAGCGAUACAAGGAGAAGUUGCCUGGUCAGGACUUAGCUCCCAUCCCAUCGAUGCACGUCAAGAUGCGCGUAGCUCGCCUGCUUAACCAAUGGGUUGAUCUUCAUUGGCGCAACUCAGAAGAUCAGGACGUCUUUGCGACUCUCACGCAAUUUGCAUUCUCUGAUCUCUCUCGAGAUCUCCCCCGCGAGGUCUCCUCGAAAUUCAUCGACACCUUGCAUAAUGCUGCGUGCGCCAAAGAACACAAAGGACGUCGCCUCGAGAAGACGGUCCAACUCAUUCAAAGCUCUUCGCUGGCUGAAGAGCUCUCUAGCUUAUGGGAGCCUCGCGACAAGAAGGCGAUGGUGAAGGGAGAGUUUGAAAAGAUCAAGCUGUCCAACUUCGCUUCUCCCCAAGGAAUGGAGCUCCUGACUCAUCAGCUCACCGUCCUUUUGUGGGAGAAAUACCGCGAUUUCCAGCCUGAGGAUGCUGCACGCUUUUGGGUGGAGGAGGCAACUGGAAAGUCGACUUAUGGCGUUUCCAAUGACGCUGGCUUGAAAGUAACCACCUAUGCUUCCUUUGAGAAGGCCAUUCACCUUUGGGCACUGGAUGUCAUCAUGUCUGCGUCGUCGAUGGAGGCUCGUACUGAGAAGGUACAGUUCGUCUUGGAGUGGGCACAUGAAUGCCAUAAGAUCAGGAACUAUGCCGCUUCAUGGGCAUUGUUCUCCGCGUGCGACAGACAAAGUUUGGUUGGUCCUUUAGUGAACAUUGGUACCAAGCACGAUGCGAUUCUACUUGCUCUACGUCUCUUCUUCAGCCACACAAACCACAUGAAGUCCUACAAGGACGCGAUCCAAAGCAGUGUUGGACCUACUCUACCCACCCUUGUCCUUUUCGUAGGCGACGUCAAGCGCCAGUGUGGUGACAAAGAAUGUGUCGACCACCCAAAUGCGCCGGGACAUAAGCUCAUCAAUCUCAGGCGUUACCGCCCUCUCACGCGAGCUGUCAGGGACAUGGAGAGAUGCCAUAUCCCCUAUCACAUCCAGCGUGUGGAUUACGUCUGCCAGUGGAUGGAACAAGUCAUCUGCUCUUACCUCAGUCGCCCAGAAAAUGAAUGGGAAGAUAUCUUUUACGACAAAAAGAAAAAGUUAAACCGGAAAUGCAGUAUCUAUGUGGCGUAA